ACAUGACCAGGAAGAUCUUCACAAAUACCAGGGAGCGGUGGAGACAGCAGAAUGUGAACAGCGCCUUUGCCAAGCUAAGGAAGCUCAUCCCCACUCAUCCUCCAGACAAAAAACUGAGCAAAAACGAAACCCUUCGCCUAGCCAUGAGGUAUAUCAACUUCUUGGUCAAGGUGUUAGGGGAGCAAAGCCUCCAGCAAACAACAAUGGCUGAGCAGGAGGAUAUCCUGGGGAUCUUCCCCCAGGCUCCCCACCUGUCAGGCCUGGAGGACAGGACCCUACUCGAUGGCUACCGUGUUUCUUCACCUGGCCCAAGUCACUAUGUUCCGUAGUGU